AGGUUUCACGGUUAGAGCUGCGCCUCCCAAACUAGGGCCCCUUGACUAGAUGUGACAUCGAUUUGCCAUCAAGCCGACUAAGGCACUAUGGUGAGUAGCCGGACCAUGGCACAACCUCCGUAUAGUACCAUAGUCGGUGUGGCGGCGCACGUGUCACCAGCGCUUGUAGCACGACAUGAUCUGACAGCCGCGGGCAGCCAUCAAGCUGCAUUGACAUGUGCAUCUUCAAGGGUAGGGCGACAGCGGAGCGCCACGACACCGCAAGCGGCACGGCGUAAGUUGCUUGUGGUCGUGCACGGCUAGUAGCUACCAUAGGAGUCGAUUUUGCGGCAUC